AUGCGUUUGAGUCAACGGUAUCUGCUUUUGCAUCAUUCGGUUGCCGUCGCCGGCGAGUCGGAGGUAGAAGUCGGCGCUGACGGCCACCCCGUCGGCGUCCAUCGUCAGGAACCACUGAACAACAUCGAUACGGCAGCCCUCCAGCGGUUCGCGAGUAGCGUUAAGCGCGACCCCAUCGCCCAAAAAAGUCUGAACGGUGUGGCCGACAACGUGAGGGCCGCGGCCGAGGCUCACGGACCCAAGUUUUACGUGAUGUGGGAUAUCAGCGGUUGGACUAACUUCGCCACCGAACUCAUCGAGGACUACGACACCAACAUCAAGCGCCUGGUGUCCAGUAAGGCCUACGCCCACCAGAACGGCAAACCCGUGGUCUGCAUCUGGGGCUUAGGGGUCAGCGGUCGGCCUAAUAACACCGCGGGAGCCAUCGCCCUCAUCGCGCACCUUAAGAAAGAGGGUCUGUAUGUGGUGGGCGGUGUGGCCAAGCAGUGGCGCACCGACACCACCGCCUGGAAGGACGUCUACACGAAGCUCGAUAUGUUGCAGCCCUGGACGGUCGGCAGCUUCGGAAACGUCAAGGGGGCCGAGGAUUACAAAAAGACAUUGGAGGCCGACCUCACUCUACUGAAGCAGCAUAACAUAGACUAUCAGCCAGUUCUAUUUGCGGGCUUCACGUGGGCUAAUUGGCAACCAAAAGCCGUACGCAAUCAGAUCCCGCGUGAGCAUGGUGACUUUAUGUGGCGUCAGUUCGUGAACGUGCGAGAGCUGGACAUCCCGUCGUGUUAUGUGGCGAUGUUUGACGAGUACGACGAGGGGACGGCCAUCGCAAAGGCGGCCGAGAAUAAGUCAAUGAUUCCGACAGACCAGUGGUUCCUGACGAUGGACGCCGACGGGGUGGCCGUCAGCGCCGACUUCUACCUUCGACUCGCCGGCGAUGGCAACCGAAUGAUGCAAAAGCAGAUACCGUUGACUCAAACGCAUCCCACAAAACACUACCCUGAUUAAAUAUUAUGUCAUUAAAAAUGUGGGUG